AUGUUAUAUUAAUAAUGGUCGUUAAGCUACCAUUACUAAUGAGUGACAUUCUGCCAUAAAUAGUGGAUCUUGAUUUGUCUCUCAUUGAACUUUAACAAGGUUUCUCUUUGCUGAGGGUACAAGUACAACAAGUACCACAGUGAGACCGUGCCACAGAGGGUAAAACCAGUCACUUUGGAAUUGGGAACAUUAGUCAGAUGUCUGAACUCCAGAGACUGUACACCAUGUGCUAAUGAGUUUUAAAGCACAUGAAACAUAGUGAUCCCAUCUAAGCUGGUUUGCCAAGCACCAUUAAACCCAUAUACACGGUGAAAGACAAGUGAUUUCCAAAAAGGGAAAAAGAAUUCCAAACAGGUUUGGAGAAAGUUUAAAAGGGAGACUACAAGACAGACAGUUAAGGUUAGGGGUAGGCUCUUUUCUUUCUUUGUAGAUCCCAUCCCUUAGAGAUCUCCAACCUGCAGCUACAUCCUUCUCUCGUUCAAAGGAAUCAGAACAAGAACACAGCAAAGAUGUCCAAUUCCAGAAAAGUGGUCAAGUUGUUCUAUGAUGUCAUCUCUCCUUAUUCCUGGCUGGCAUUUGAGGUGCUGUGUCGCUAUAGAAAUGUUUGGAACAUCGACCUCAAAUUCAAACCGGCACUUUUAGGAGGAGUCUUUCGAGGUUCAGGUAACCAGGAACCUGGAUUGGUCCAAAAUAAGUUUUCUUACAUGGUCACAGAUUUGAAGCAGCUGUCUGAGUUCUUUGGGGUCCCUGUGAAUCCACCUUUGCCUGGAAAAAAAGGCACUUUGAAUAUGAUGCGUUUUGUGACAGCUGUAGCUGAGAAAGAAAAAGAGAGAGGCGUGCUGGUGGAAAGGGUGUCUAGAGAGCUCUGGAAGAAUAUCUGGAGCACUCAUCAGGACAUUACCCACCCUGCCUCACUCACUGAGGCAGGAUUAAAGGCAGGUCUCUCAGCCAAUGAGGUGGAGGAACUUCUAAUCCUUUCCAAAUCUCAGCAAAUCAAAGACAAGCUGAAAAGUGUGACACAAGAAGCACUGGACUAUCAAUCUUUUGGCCUUCCAUUCAUUGUGUGUCAUGUGAACGGAAAGGCUGAGGUCUUCUUUGGUUCUGACAGAUUUGAGCUCAUGGCCCAUCGCAUCGGGGAGAAAUGGGUGGGACCUCAUCCUGUCAAAAGCUAAAGCCAAAAUGUGUUAUCACUGCUCCACCUUAUGCGUCAGAGAAACAACUGCGCAGCCAUCUUUAGAAUUUUGGGUUUGAACUUCUCUUUAUACUGAGCUCUGUAUAUUGCAUCACUGUUAAAUAAAAAAAAUGUUACAAAGUUACCAUGAGCAUUGUAAUGUUUGAAGUAGAUAUAACGAAUGUCAGUAGAUUUUAAAACAAGUGAUUUAUUCUUAAAUUUAUUAGAUCUUACAAAUCUAUUAAUAAACUGCUGUGGAAAUACAACCCACAAUACUUGUUACAGCACAAGGACAUUUCUUUCAGGAAGGGGGAAAGUU